UUGAUAUUAACUACGUCUCAAACUGUAAACAAUUCUCGAAAUGCCUAGCAGCAAACAUAAACAAUUUAUUAGUGACAUUCAAGCAUUCCACGAGCAAUCAUAUCGUCACCAAUUCUCUGUAUACAGCAGAUUCUAUUAUUUCUGCUAAGGUGCCGAAUAGCAUACUAACAUGGACGUACUAACGAAGACAUUACUUCCAUACUCUGGACCGUGGAUGUCUGUAUAUUACAACAAGUUCUUUCAUCCAAACCUUUGCCACGUUUGCAAGAAGACUACGGAGAUGAUAAAUUUGACAACAUGUGAUCGGUGUUUCUUCAUCUCUUAUUGCUCCGAAGAUCACAAAAACCUGCAUCUUCCUCAACACCGCGAGAUUUGCAUAGUUAUAGAAAAGUAUCUAAGGAACAACCCGCAAUUUCUCACUCGCCGUUUUAAUCUGAAGGAAUGGUGGAUAGCACAGGAUGAUUUUCAUACAUCAGUUAAACUGAAUCUAAAGCGCAUACUUGAGAGUUACGAAGAGCAAAUGAUCACCUGCAGUAGAUUCUGCUUCAUUUGUCAUCAGCAGACCGGACUAUAUCCCUGCAAAAAGUGUUUCUCCGCCGACUAUUGUCUAGAACACAAGGAAGAAUUCGAAGAGCAACACGAAGAAAGCUUCUGCGACCUUUAUACAAUGUGGCUCAACAUUGAGUUCUUAAAUGUUCAGUAUGAAAGUAAAGCCUCAUUAUCGUUGAAAUUUAUGAAGUUCCCCGACAACGGAUCCUUCAAUGACAUGAUAACAUUUAUAGAAGAACAUACACAAGAGACAAUAAGCGAAUGGAAUCUCUUGGAUUACAUUUAUGCGGAUUACGUGUCAGGACCGCUCUCGGUAUAUUACGGAAUGUCAAAUGUGGAAUUAUCUAAUAUUCUACUGACAACAUCUACCUGUAUCAUUCAUGUUAUAGGAGCAAGUUCCAUAGAAAAAAACGGUUUACCAGUUUGGGAAAUAUUGUUACAUCUUUUCCCAAAUAUACAAGUGCUAAUAGUUGUGCUGUUAGGAGCAGACUUACAAGUUGAAUUUGGUAUGCAGGAUGUUUGUCCCCGUUGUGUUUUCAAUGAAAAGAAAUUUAUCUAUGAAUGUUAUGGUACGUUGUACAGUAAUUACAUGACCGAUCCGAUGUAUGGAAAAGCGCACCUGAUCGUACUUUUUGAAGUACACGAAUUUGAAUCAUUGGACAAAUGUUUGAAAACAAUGCAAUCUCAGGAAUGUCCUGUACUUUUAACCACUUCAGAGGGCCUAGAGAUAUUAGAGACAGAUAGGAUUCAGCAAGUUCUGGGUAGAGAUGUAUAUCCUAUUAUUAACAUUAAAAAUAAAUUCAUGUCUGUAAGACCAUACAAAGACUAUAAACAGACUGCUUAUCGUAAUUCGGUUUUGAUUAUCUACAAAACAUUAAAGAAUACAAAGUACAGUACGAGUGAAAAAAGUUAAAAUUAUAUCUCCACUAUAUAUAAUUAUAUCUCCACUAU